GCUUGAAACCAGAAAAAGAGCAGAAAAGAAACACCACGAAGCCAUCAGUGUGUGCGCAAGUGGGCGCGAUACAGAGAGCAAAGGUUGCGAAUUAUUCCAUUCUUUGUGUCGGAGUAGGGAUCCUCGCUCUGGCUCGUUAUAUGACUACAUACCAACCGCCUCCCUAACAACCGGACCAGGCAGCGACAAAAGCCCCGAAGCUGAAUCUUGAAUUCGUAAUACGAAUCGACAAAAGACCUGAACGCUGGCGACUCCUGCGACGAACUGGAGAUAUAGAAGUACGCGUCACGCUGGGAAUGAUGCGCUGAAGCGAGAUUAUUUAUCUCCUUCUCCUCCCUACCGGAUCUCCUGCCUCGCUCGCUCUCCCGAAGCAGCCGGCUCAAUUCCCAGAAACAUGACUGCAGCACAUAACUCGACGCCGGAGACCCUCACGGCACCCCUCAUGGCAGGCGAACGGUCUUCUCCUUCUCCUUCGCCUUCGCCUUCUCCCUCGUUGGGUUCGGUUCACCCGCCGUGGAGUCGACCGCAUACCGGCUUAGGCAGAGACAGGAGACGGAGCUCUCUAUUUGGUAUGCCUUCCGCUACGUCAGAUCCAACAGGCUUCCGUGAUAGGGCGAUCGACCGGAUUGGAAGAUCAUACCAGCGGGUAUCGGAAACAUUUGGAAAGAUGACCAUACUACAGAAGAUUGGGAGUGUAAUUGCUGGACUUUGUGUGAUUGCCCUUGGGCUAGGAUUCAUGGCCGUUACGGGCCAGAUAUUCGCAUGGUUAGGCCCUGUUGCGAAAGAUUGGGAGAAUGCACCCCUGGCCUACUUUAUUUUGUGGCUUUGUACAUUCUUGAUGUCUUUUCCUCCAAUGGUGGGGUGGUCGACGGUUGGAACUGUGUCCGGCUUCAUAUUCGGUGUAUGGAAAGGAUGGGCAAUAUAUGCAUCUGCUACCGUAAUCGGGUCAACAUGCUCGUUUUAUGUCUCUCGCACCGUCUUGUCCAAGUUUGUACAAAGACUUAUGAAGCAUGACAAACGAUUUGCUGCUUUAUCGUUGACCCUUAAGUAUGAUGGCUUAAAGCUAUUAUGCAUGAUUCGUUUAUGUCCCUUGCCAUACUCACUAUGCAACGGCGCAGUUUCGACUUUCCCAACCGUGAGUCCGCUCAUGUACGGCCUUGCAACGGCCAUCAUCUCACCAAAGUUUCUUGUCCCGACCUUUAUUGGAAGUAGGCUCAGAAUAUUGUCGGAGGAUGGGGGAGAAAUGAGUACCGGCUCCAAGGCAGUCAACAUUAUUAGUAUUCUUGUGAGCGUUGCAGCCGGUGUCUUCACAGGCUGGUACAUCUACAAACGGUAUGUGUUUCAUAUUUUUGUUCUCUUCAGCAAACCCAACUAUUGCUAACAAUUCCGCGGUUAUUAGCACUCUUGCCCGUGCUAAACAGCUUGAGGCUGAGGAGCGCGCCAACCUCCGUGGUCCAACCCCCAAUAAUCGACCAACGACAGCUUCGCCAGGUGUGUUUUCCGAUGAUCCAAAUGCUAGCUCCCUCGCAAGAGAUGAAGAAGAGGCAGUUGGUGUUGACGAUGCUGUAGCCAUCGACAUUGAUGAUGAUAAUGUUGCGCUCGAUCCAAGUUAUCACGAUUUUACGGACAACGAGUCGGAUAUCUUUGCUGACGGAGACGGGGAUGAUAAAGAUGAGACGUAUAAGCUGCACCGCCAUGUGGACUCGAGAUAGAAACAUAUGGCCUCUUGUUGCUUCUCAUGAAAAGAUAUCGUUAACUUGUAUAUGCCUUGAUUUCUACGAUGGUAUUGCUACUGGUGUAUAGAUUCGACAGGAGUUACGAGGUAGAGAGUUGGAUACUUAAUUUAUAGCCGGGUGGAUUGAGGAUAAUAAAUAUCUGCACAAUCUCCAUCCAGGUCACUAAUUCCAUCCGUGCAGUUCUGUCGAUGACUGUCUUCACGGCGCAGUUAAUGCCUUC